AUGGCCGCAAGCACAUCAUGUGGAAUUUGUAUGUUACCUCUGCUUGGAACGACUGGAAGGCCUCUAACAUGCGACCACGAGUUCCACUUUGGAUGUCUGGAAUCAUGGAGUAAGAAUAAUUCGAAUGAUGGCAGAUGCAAAUGUCCUCUGGCCAACUGUGACCAAAUAUUCACCUGCAUGCAAGUUAAAACAGCGAUACCGGGUGGGAAGCCACAGUAUUUUCCCGUUGGAGGUAAAUAUGCCUGCAACAAUUGUUCUGAUUUUGUCAACUCACCGGCGCUCUCGACCAAUGGAUGCGAUCAUUACUUCUGUUCGAAGUGCAUUUCAGAGCUCAUGAACAAUGAGCACAUUUGUCCUGUCGAUAAAAAGACAUAUACUGAUAUUAAGGUAUCCACGUGUGUUGGAGCUCCACCAGUGGCCACGGUGAGUUGGAAUCCCCCUUUCUUAGCCUUGACUCCUGCCGUUAAUUUGAACUGGCACACUAAUGAAGCUCAGUAA